UCGCACUAUUGUCUCCGGCACGGCCGCCGCUCUAGAGCGAUGACUAUCCAUGGCUAAUGGGGCGCCCCAUUCCCAAUUUUUUUUUUUUUCGUUUCCUUCUCGUUCUACUCUCCCGACUGGAGCUCUGGUCCGUCCGAUGAGACAUCCUUGCACCACCCCUUGCCUCGCCCCGUAUGACGUACCGGCCAAGGAACGAAGAAGGCAUGUAUGUCGGCUCGCAGGCUGUGUUCCAAUCCCGACCGGCCAUGUCUUGGAUGGUGUCAAGGGCCUGUGCAUGUCCCAGUAUGCAUGUACUAAGGGAAAGACAAUCCUGGAUCUGGAUACCUACUCCCUGUGCACUGGCUAGCAGGCCUUGGCUCAAUCUCCAUGCAACCCGCACGUUUGCCUGUGCCGUCGUCAUACCAAAAAAGAAACGUCGCCUACUGCUACGGCCGGAGGAGUACCACACUAAUUACACUAGACGCUCUGUACCGUUGUCUCGUUGGCCCACUUCCAGAUCCAUGGUCGGUUGGAUCUGGUUCGGACUACUAGUCGUAGUAGGACUGCGUACCAAGCCCAUGCACUGCUAUUCCCUGGUCGUGAUUUACCCUCUGAACCAUCCCUACUUGGGCCGGUUGUUAAUGCCACUCUGAUCCCUCGAACGAUACUUGUACACCCCCCCUUGGGAACCGUCCCAUUCUUAUUAACUGUUAGCAUUUUGAGUUUGUAUUAAUAGUUUCGUUUUCGUUCUCCCCCGGACCGUGGUGUUCACCUAUAUCAUACUCAGCUAUCCUUCACCUUGACGC